AUAGUAGUAGGCCACGGUAAUAUUAACCUCUAAUUUAAUCUCCACGUGUACCGAUAACACAUUCACUCCGGCACCGUUUUAGCGGAACCAAUCCAUCACUUCACCCUAAAGCCGCAUUUGGAACACCACUAAUUACAACAAGUGAUUUUCUCCCAAUUACGCAUCGCUGUUCCAACCAUUCAAACACGCCCUUACCUUAAGUUAAAAAUAAAAAAUGAAUAUUAUUAUUCCCCUUGUUGUUGCAGUCCCACACUAAACGCACGCGAUCUUAUAAAAAAGUUUAAAGCGAAUUCGAAUUUGGAUCUUAAUUUUCAUUCUGUUCUUCGAUCUUCUGAUCCAGUGAGUUGGAGUUUCAAUAAUGAUGGAGAGAGCAGAUUCUGUGCAGAAGCUGUACACGCGUAUGCGACUAUGGGAAUUUCCUGAUCAGUAUGUGAUUGAGCCAACAGAUGGCUCUUCUGGUUCUUCUUUGGCUGUUAGCCGAGUUGAUGGCUCCAUGAAACUCAUCGAUGAGGUUCCAGAGUGCAGCAAUCUGCGAGUCCCUAAGAUUUAUACAAUUUUCGGUGUUGUUGGGAUAUUGAGGCUUUUGGCUGGAUCAUAUUUGAUGGUCAUAACUGAGCGUGAAUGCGCUGGAUCUUAUUUGGGGCAUCCAAUUUUCAAAAUUUUAUCCAUGAAGGUUUUUCCGUGUGAUCAUUCACUUAAAAGUACCCCUGCCGAACAGAAAAAGGCAGAGAUGGAAUUUUCUUCGCUGCUAAAUGUUGCUGAGAAAACUCCUGGUCUGUUCUUCUCAUAUGAAACAAAUUUAACUCUGAGUGCCCAGCGGUUGAAUGACCUGGGUGAUGAGUCUAGGUUACUUCCUCUCUGGAGACAGGCAGAGCCGCGAUUUCUAUGGAACAAUUAUAUGUUAGAAGUGCUCAUAGAUAACAAGCUUGACCCAUUCCUACUCCCUAUAGUCCAAGGCAGUUUUCAUUACUUUCAAGCAGCUAUUGGGAAAGAUAUUAUUGACGUCACUUUGAUUGCUAGGAGAUGCACAAGAAGAAAUGGAACUCGAAUGUGGAGAAGAGGAGCUGAUCCGGAUGGAUAUGUUGCCAAUUUUGUGGAAACAGAACAACUUAUGCAGUUCAAUGGGUAUACAGCUUCAUUUGUUGAGAUUCGCGGUUCCAUUCCUCUGCUCUGGCAGCAAAUUGUGGACUUAACUUAUAAACCGAAGUUUGAAUUAUUGAAACUCGAGGAACAUCCACGAGUCCUCGAGAGGCAUAUACUAGAUUUAAGAAAAAAAUAUGGAGCAGUGUUGGCUGUUGAUCUUGUUAACAAGCAUGGAGGAGAAGGGCGGCUAUGCGAAAAAUUUGGCAGUACAAUGCAGCAUGUGGCUAGUGAUGAUGUAAGAUAUGUUCACUUUGAUUUCCAUCAUGUCUGUGGACACGUUCAUUUUGAACGUCUAUCAAUUCUUUAUGACCAAAUAUCAGACUUUCUUGAGAGAAACGGAUAUCUUCUGUUGAAUGAAAAGGGCGAGAAAAUGAAGGAGCAAACUGGAGUUGUUAGGACCAACUGUAUUGAUUGUCUAGACCGUACAAAUGUAACUCAGAGCAUGAUAGGCCGAAAUAUGUUAGAAUACCAGCUUAGAAGGCUUGGUGUCUUUGGGGCUGAAGAGACCAUUAGUUCGCAUCCAAACCUUGAUGAACGCUUUAAGAUCUUGUGGGCUAAUCAUGGGGAUGAUAUAAGUAUUCAAUAUUCAGGAACUCCUGCUCUGAAAGGAGACUUUACCAGGUUUGGGCACCGCACCAUUCAAGGGAUAGUAAAUGAUGGUUUUAAUGCUCUCCAAAGAUACUAUUUGAAUAAUUUUGCUGAUGGAACAAAGCAGGAUGCAAUUGAUCUUCUGCAAGGACAUUAUAUAGUUUCUGUCGGCCGAGAUUCAGCUCCCUCUUCUCAGAAAGGAGGCAUUGAAGCUAUAGCUUCAUUUCCUCUGGCGUUGGGUCUGGUUUUAAUUGGAUUUCUUUUUGCAACCAUGUCGUUGAGACAAGUUCGAUAUGAUUUUCGACACUUCUUCUUUUCGCUAAUGUGGGCCGGCAUUAGUGUCGGCAUAGCAGCAUUUGUGAGGGCCAACGGCCGGGUUUUCUGCAACAGACCCCGCCUACACAAUCCGUCGCGUUAACUUCUACACAAAUCAAUUUGAGCUAUUAAAAUUUUGUGAAGCAAUCAGCUUCUGCAAUAGGAGUCACCAUCAGCGGAUUUAGUCUUAAAUUUAUAAACCACUUCAAAGAAUUCAAUCUUUAAGGCCCUUUGCUUUCUAUCAUAAUAUUUAUUAUUUCUUACUACUUUGUAGUCAUUGUAAGUUCCAUAAAUUAUUUAAAUCAUAGUCCAUUGACAUCAUAGUCCAAUGAUGUCCUACUCAAGUGACUGCUGCUUGAUUGGUGCUUCUUACUAUGCUCCAUCCCCUCCAUGUAUAUUUGAGUUUUCUGUGCCCUGUUUAAGAUGGAAACAUUUGAAGGUUCCUCUGAUUAUAUAUUGUAUGCUUAUAAGCAAAAUUCAUAUCAUGCAAUAACAUUAUAUAUUUAUUUUAGAA